AUGAUGACGUCUGUGUAUCAUGAGGGCAAGUCAGUGAUCCGUCCGAUAGCGUUCAAGCCGCUGGGAGGACGCCUGUCGGCUGGAGGUGAGAGAUAUGGCUCCACACCUGUUCUGGCCAGCAGACCACCUUCACACUUAACGCUUUAUGGCAGCUCAUCGGAUGUGCGGGAAGGUCGAUGGUGCGGCUCACCGCAACCUGCCUCCCUGUCAGCUCUUCCACCGGCCACUCCAUCAGCACCUAUCCAUCAGAGGCAUCAUUCGGCUAUUGUCACAAAGUCGAGUUCUGUGCUGAGCGGCGCGGACAAGGAGCCAGUGCCGGCGCCUUCACCCGCCGACUCAGGAGUCGCUGAACUGGAGAGAGAUCAACAUGACUAUAGCACAACGGAACGCAUUCGAAGUCAUGAAGUUCGUGUACGAGCAGCCCGAGGUCUCAUGAUGCAGAGCUUCGGACGCUCCCGAGAUGAGCGGGACGCGGAACUGGCGCGCGUCAGGCGAGACCGAGCGCUGCUGCGUCAGAGGCUCGAGGACACCGAGUGGAGUCUCUGCCAGAGAGCUGGGGAGAUUGCUUUGUUGAAGACACAGCUUAAGGACGCUCAGAACGAACAAACAGCAAAGGGACACGAGUACCUCACCUUGAAGGCGGACUGCCGCCAACUGAGAGAAGUCCUCGACAAGAAAGAAAAAGAAAUCAUGAGGCUCCGAGCAGAAACGGACGAAAAGGAAAAGUCCAUUAACCGAUUACAAUCAGAAGUAGACCGCCUCACCAACGACCUCAUGGAAAGCGUGUCAGACCUCACCAAGACCAAGGAGACCAGCAAAAAUGAAAUCGAAAGACUAAAAACCGAGCUGAAGGAGCUUAGACAAGAACUGUCGGAUAUCUCUCUCAGUGGAUACGAAGGCAUCGAGUGCGGGAGGACCAUGAGAGGCAUCUACGACGUCUGCAAAACUAAUGAGUACCACUGGAACUCCAGUGAUAGUGCCUUAGAAGAUGCUGAAGUUCAAAGACUGAAUGGAGAGCUGCCGGACUCGUGCAGCGAGCCUUGCGCCGCUACCGCCAUCGUCGACAGACUCAAGUGCGAACUGGAAGCUAAAGAAACCCAGUUCAACAACGAGAGAAGAAAAUGGUCCGAAGAAAAGGACAAAGUACUUCGAUACCAGAAACAAUUACAGCUGAACUAUGUCCAAAUGUUUAAGAGAUCUCGUACUUUAGAGGCAGAAGUGGACGGCCUGAGGUUAGAACUAGAAUUAUGUAACAAGAACAUGAAAAACUUGAACAAACAUGGCAAGACUAUCGAGCUAUAA